UAUAUAUAUAUAUAUAUAUAUAUAGAUUAGCGAGAACCUGACAGACAUUCAGUAUACGACACUAUGUAUUCGGGAACUGUACUUUUAAUUCUUAGUUCGAUUAUUAGUGUCCAUGCGUUGGACUUUCGAAUCGUUGGAGGACAUGAUGCACAACGAGGAAAAUAUCCUUACCAAGCUUUGAUAAGGAGAUCAAAUGUCUUUAUAUGCGGAGGAUCCAUCAUUUCCAAACGAUAUAUUCUUACGGCCGCUCACUGCAUUUACAAACAAAAGCGACUUGACUAUGAAGUAAAUGUUGGACACUAUUCUGUGUACGAGUGGGCAACAGUUUACCGAGCGGAGCAACUCAUUUGGCAUCCGGCCUAUAACGAUGUAACUUUGAUUAAUGAUAUAGGUUUAAUAUAUUUAAAGUCAAAUAUUUUAUUCGACAGUAAAGUUAAACCAAUCGGUCUUGCAACCAAAUUUGCGAUUCCUGCAAAUCAACCUGCUGUUGUUACUGGUUGGGGAAGCCUUGUCCUAAAUGGAAAAGCUUCUGAGUAUUUACAAGAAAUUUCCUUAAAAAUAAUACCAAAUGAUGUGUGUGUGGUUACCUGGAGUACGCUGAAAUCAACACAGAUCUGUACAUUAACGAAAGUAUCAGAGGGUGUUUGCCAUGGUGAUUCCGGAGGACCACUGGUUGUAGAUUCUGAACAAGUUGGAAUCGUUUCGUACGGUAACCCAUGUGCAAACGGCUUGCCAGAUGUGUACACCAGAGUGUAUUCUUACAAAUCAUGGAUAGAAGAGUAUACAAAUCCAAAAGGGUCAUCUGGAGGUGCAACUAACAUAUUUUCGAACACGUGCAUUCAGAUACUACUCGCAGUAUUAACAUACUUACAUUUUAUUGCUUGAACAAAUCUCCGUAUAUUUAUAUAUAUAUAUAAAUGAUAAAUCAUGAGUAUCUAUGAGUAAAUUGAUUGAUCUGAGUGAACUUACACAGAUGAUAUAAAAUUGUAAUACUUCGUAACCUUUAGUGGAACAAGAGACAGAUCGCUAUGACUUCCAACGCAUAACUAUUACUUAAUAUUUUGUAAAAUGGUAUUGCGUAUACAAUUGCUAUAGAACACAAGCCUCGAGCGAAAAUCUUUAUCUAAUUUAACUUUGUAGUAAAUCUUUAUACCUGACUUAUAAGUGUAAGAGUAAUUGUGACUGUCUAAUUGUAGCACGAUAAUCAUGCAAUACACUUAAUUUAAUUGAUCAUUAUUAUGAAAUGGAUACCAAAAUUUCAAUUUCUCAAAGCACAAAAUGCUUAGGAUGUAAACAAUGUAUUUUUACGUUGCAAGUCAUAUUGUCUGAAUUAAGGUGCUCAAAUUAAACAAACAAACAAAAAAUAAAAUAGUCAUUUAAGCAAUUCGUAUGACAAAUAGUUUUCGUUCGUGACAAUAAUCAUGUAAUCAUUCGUUAUACGAGCUAAAAGCCUUUAUAGAUUUAUUUCACUAGAAUAAAACUACUACAGUAACAGUAUCGUAAAAAAUAGGUAAUGCCAUUAUUUAAUCGUCACAUAAACGUGAUUGAAACUGUUUAUUUAUCCCGUAAUUUUCUUUAUACAAAAUAACAACUGUAUUUUAAUCAAAUUAAUUUAUAAUAUCACUAUUAAUCAUCAAUAAUAUUAUAAUUAGAGUAUUAUUUAUUUGUAAAUAAUUAUUAUAAUAUUAUUGUAUAGUACAAUAAUAUAUAUGAUAGGAUAAUAUUAAUGAUAAUGAAAGGUAAACAUAAUAGUAACAUGUUUAAAUUUUUUAUUUGUUUAUUGAAUAACUGGAUUUGAACACAAUUGUGACUUUUCUUGUAUAAUUUGCUCAGCAUGAUAUACUUUCCAACAAAUAAGAUAGUCUCUAGUUAUUUUAAAUAAGGGAUAGUAGUUAAUGAGGAGGAGCAAUGUUAUCGAUAACACUUGAUACCAAUCGGUAGUACUUAGUAAAAUGAACAGUUGUGUACCCACAAGUAAAAAUUGUAGUCCCAAUAAUGAACAAAGUAGCAUUGUGGGAUUACUGAACAAAGCCUGUAUAAAAUAAUAAAA